AUGCGAAUCAUGUCCAACACAGCUGUGAAUUUCAAAUUUGCGGACCGAGCUCUCGCAAUCUUGAACAGAUUCCGGGCCGCCACCGCCGAGCUGGGUGAUUGCGAGCGCAAAAGGAUGUAUCAGCUCGGAAUGAUGUAUCUUUUCCAAAUUGCCAAGUACGUCGACUGCGGCGAGCACCGCAACACCCCCGAAACCUCAGGAAGAGGCAUCCCAAAAAUCAGGUUUCUCCGUUUCAACUAUCAACUUCUAGACAAGUUAAAGAACGACAUUAUUAUUGAUCUUCAAUUGGAAACAGAAGAGCUGGAAGGUGCGAGGGAAUUUAUUGCCCUUGAGGAGGAGAUGGCUCCCGAGGUACAGCGGAUUCUCCGCGAGACUUUACAGGGUACGGAUAUGGACAGUUCCGAGCCGCGGCCGUAG